AUGCUUGAGCGGGCGGUGGCGAGCCUGGAGUCUGGCCAGCUCCAGCGCGCCAUCCCCAAGGCGCGACACGCCGCACGACCGCCCCGUCAUCUCCAAACGGGCUUCUGGCAGCACGGCGCGUCAGCCCUUGAGCUGUCCGGCUUUCGGCCUUUGACUGCUGGCGAAUCUGCCCACGACGACAGGCCGGCCAAGCCCACGGCCUCGGAACUGCUCGAGCCCAAACUCGUCGCCACCUCGUUUCUCCUCGACUUUCUAUACCCGAACGAGACACAGUCCUAUCUACAUCGCGUACUGGCUCCAAGGGCCAAGGAGAAUCGACUGCGCCCAUUGCGGCGGAGGCAGUACUCGGUGCAGCACCUGGCCUCGAUUCAGCAGCCUGCUCUACUGUCCGCUACUCGAUUCGAAAGUGUCGCGCGGACACCUGCCGAUGCACCUGCACAGCAAUCGUCCAAGGCAGCGAAAUCGAAAGCGAUAAAAUCCAGAGCUGCUUCCAAGAAACCCUCUUCAUCACCAACGACAGCCAAGGCGGUAAAGACCGCAAAGGCAAAACCACUGGCAGAGGGUUCUCUCGACAAGUCAGACCUCGACGUUUCUUGGAUGCGCUAUCAACAUGCUUCUCUAAAAGCUCAAGAAGCACAGCGUCCUGGGUUAAUCAUGGCACUCGCCGCAACGGACGAAUAUGUCGCAUGUGCUAGGGCCGCUGCCCUGUUUCAGGGACUGCCCCCGGAAGAAUGGACGGACGCGCUGCUUUCUGCUGCGAUUCGAUCGCUCGCUGUGUGUGGCAAAUUUCAGGCUGCUCUCAACAAGUUCAAAGAAGGCCUUCAAUUUGACCACGUUGGUGGCAUGCAGUACAUUGUGGCCCGCGCCUGUGCCGCCAGCCAGUGGCAAGAGCUGUUCCGAGUCUGGUUCGACUACUCAAACUUCAUGAAGCAACAUGCUGACAAGAAUGUGCCUUUUGAUCACCUUCGCUUCGUGCCAAACUUGGACACGCUCUUUGCGGCAUUCGAAAAGCAUAUCGAGCACACCGGCCUGGCUCAAAUUCGAAUGGAAAACAAGAAGUUAUUUUCACGACAAGUUCUCGAUCAGUUGCGGCACUUGAUGAUCCGCUCCGUACUGGCCCAGCCCUGCAAACCAAGCAGAGCCAUGGACAUUGUCUCUAGGUACGACAAUACUGCUUACUACCAAUUAUACAUUGAGUCGGUCCUGCAAUCUAUCAAGCAUGUUCAGUACCCCAAAUCUACAAUGAGACAGCUUGGCCCAACAUAUGGCGAAUAUCGGCAGCGAGCUGAUGCGCGAUUCACACCUGAGCUCCUGAGAGGCAUGUUUCGAGUUUUUUAUGCCACCAACCGCGCUGGACUGGCGCAGUUGUUCGAAGACUGGGUGAAAUCGGACGGCGGUAUGGACAAGUGGGCUUAUGAAAACUUUUUGAAAGUCUACGCCGACUCGGGUGAUGUUGCUGCAGUCCGAGAUCUAGGCCAGCGUUAUAUGGCGGCUUUUCCUGAUAGCGCAAGGAAAGCCAACUACCACCUUGCCCUGGUGGACGCAUUCGCUCAAUCAGGUGAUGUUGAUGGUGCCGAAAACGAAAUCUCUGCCAUGGUGAAGUCUGGAAUCCAGAUCGACGACAGGAUUGACAAUCUCAUGCUUAAAUGCCAUGUUAAAGCAGGUAACUACAAAGAGGCCAAGGCGUACUACAAAACAAUCGUCGAGCGUAGUGUUCCAAAUGCCCAAACAUUUGAGCACAUGAUGGAGCUGCACUCUGCAAAUGGAGACGUGGAUUAUACACUGGCAGUGUUCAAUCAGGCUCAAGCUGCCCAGAUUUGGCCUUCGGAGAGUAUGGCAAUGUCGCUAGUGGCGGCGUACUUGGUCAAUGGUCUUAUGGAAGAGGCAGAGAAGAUCUGUGAAGCAAUGACACGCCUUGGCAUUACAAGCACGAAAAUUUGGAACAGUCUGAUACAGGCCUAUGCGACCGCUGGCAAAGUGGAAAAGUGUUUCCAGCUGCUGCCAGUUAUGCAGAACCAUAAUCUAGCCUGGGAUCAUGAUACCUGUCGAGCAAUUCUGGGCGCUCAGGCGCGCGCCAAGCAGACAGCCGCGGCGCACUGGCUCUUAUGUAGCGCUGUGGCAGACAACUUGCUACCAGUCACGGCCGACCAUUUUGCCAUCGUCAUGAACAGUGCCAUUGACACCAAGCAGGCGCCUCGUGUCGAUAUUCUCGCAACGGAGAUGGAUCGCGCUGGUAUUCAGCCCAACUUUGCGACGCAUUUAGCCUGCUUCGAAUCUGGCUUCGUCCGCGCCCCUACUGCCGAGCGAACAACACGACUCGCCAAGGAGCUCGUUCAAUACAUGCAGAAACUCGCCGACAACAUCGAUGCACCGCCGGGACAACGAAAAGAUGGCCCAUACACGGCCGCCAUGCGUGACGUCACGGAGCUGAACAGAGAGCUCCGCGACAUCGGCGACGCGCUCAAGCUUCUUAUUGACAAACGCGAGAUCGCUCUCGCAGAAGACUUGGUGACGCUCUACGCCAAGAUCCGUCCCGUCUCCGAGCAAGGCCGGCAUAUGCCCUCCGACGUCCUCAGUGUCAUCAUGGGGGCCUACUUGGAAGAUGGCCGGCACGAGCGCGUUCUCGAGCUGUGGGCCGUACUUCUCAAGGACGUUCGUCGCCGCACCGAGAACCCCAUCACCCAGAAAACCUUUCCCGCGUACGCCUACCACCUCAGCGGGCCUCUUGCCCACGUCGCCAAGGUGUAUCACGCCACCGGCGACGGCAAGCGCCUGCUGGCGGCCACUCAGGCCGCCCUCGAUGCGGGUUUCCAAUUUACCAGCGCCACGUGGAACACGCUCAUCUGCAGUCUCGCGGAGCUCGGCCAGUGGGAGCCGGCCAUGGGCUGGUGCGAGAAACUGCUUAUGCCCCGUUGGCGCGGCUGGAACCCGCAGCCGCUGCCGCUUGCCGCCCGCCGGGAGCUCACAGACAACCGCGUCCUUGUUGCCACGCAGCCCGCCGUGCUGAGCUUGCAGCGCGAGUGGCUCCGCUUGCGCAAGCUCGCCGCGUGGUCUACCGGCGUCACCGCCAAGCUACAACGCAUCGAGACGCAGUACCCGCGGCUGCACCACGCGUUCCAGACCGCCGACGUGGCGGACCUGCCGCCGACAUGGGGUGCGCGCGGGGGGCGUUCCGACGGCACGCCCGGAGAGCCGCCAAAGAGCCUGAACAAGGCCAUCAUUAAGGAGGCGCUUGCCGCCGUACCCCUGCAGGACCUGCUCACGAUGCGUCUGACAAUGGGCGCGCAGUUAAAGGUGAUCAAGGAGCGUAGAGCGAGAGCAAGAGCGAAGAAAUGGGGUAGGGUGUAUAUACCGCCGAGGGGAACGAGGCGGAGGUUUUAG